AUGCUGAUCCUCAGCUUUUUUUCAAAAAGCAGUACAGCUUGGCAGCAACCUCAGAUAUUCCUUCAUCGAGGUUACAUCAACAUUUACGAACACCCAGAUACCUACGUUCCACCAAGCGCAAUUGCUGUUGGCGAGAAGUAUACAAUGGAAAUUAAAAUGGAUGAAACUGAUCAGUACGAUUAUUUAAUACAACGAUGCACCUAUAAUUCCAAAUAUCAUUUUAUUGAUCACAACAGCUGCCUUAUUGCCAGCAAUUACUUUGUAAAAAAAUGGGAGAACGAUGCUUAUGGGUAUCCAGGACUCUCUAAACGAACCCUGGUACACUUUCAUGCUCCUGAACCACUUGUGGCCAUCGAGUGUCGAGUAAAAGUGAUUGAGUGCUGCGGUUGCGCUGAGAGAGCAUGUGGCAGAGAUGUCAGCCGAUCGAUCGAAAACUGUCCUCAACAGGUGAUAAAUAUUCAAACAAACAAGUUAGACAUGGUAGCAAUGGAUACGGCAGUCGUGACUCGCACAAAAAAGUCCUCAACUCCUUGGUGGCUUUGGCUCCUCUGCGCUUUUUUGCUUCUACUCUUCUUAUGUUGUAUACUACCUGCGUUAGCUUACUGGUUAUUUACCAAAAGCAAGAAGUCUGAAGAAACCCCUAGUGUACCCGCUCCAGUAAUAACAGCUGAUGCGAAACCAAAAGAACAAAAAAGUCCUGAAAAACCAAUGGAAAAAUUAGGCCCUGUAGUACCAGUUUUACCUCCACUUCCACAACCAACACGAAAAAAAAUUCCCGAGGCAAGUGAUCACCGAAGGCCAGAGAACUGGCAUUAUGGAAAACAAAGAAUCUAUUACACGCCUUCAGAAUCUCCCACAGAAAGUGCCCAUUCAUCUAUAAGCCACUCCAGACCUGCCUUCAAAAUGACUCAACGGGACCCAGCGGAUGCAGCUGAUUGCGGAGUAGCUCACGUUGUACGGUUAGAUGCUGAGGAACUAAAAACGGGCAGCAAAGAACAGUUACAAGACGAAUACAGAUUCCAUAAUAGCAUUCUUGGAGAGUAUCCGUCUCAGCAAAGUCCCUCGCAGAAGACAUUGCCAUUAUCUUCAGAAUCAAAAGCCUCGCAAACGGCAUUAACUAGGAGAGCCCAACCUCAGUCCAAAUCUUCACAACGAGCAGAAGACAGAGAUAGGGAAGCGCGUUCAAACGUAAGUUUUCUAGGGGAACCCCACAGCAGUUUGUUACCAUCUGCAGAGAGAAAUCGAAACCAGCACUGGAAAGAAAAGAGAACUUCAAAGUUGAAAGAAAAGUACUUUACACAAAAUUAUCCUCGUGAAAAUAUCACGGAAGAAGGAUAUGAUCAAAUUCAGUAUCGAUAUGUGCAGCAUUACGCAGAGUCAGAAUCAGCUUAG